CAUCCCACUUCUAAAACCUCCCUUUUUCUUCUAAUCCAUAUUAAAUAUGUCUGGCCGCGGCAAGGGUGGAAAGGGUCUCGGCAAAGGUGGCGCCAAGCGUCACCGCAAGAUUUUGCGUGACAACAUUCAGGGAAUCACCAAGCCCGCUAUUCGUCGUCUCGCACGCCGUGGUGGUGUCAAGCGUAUCUCUGCUAUGAUCUACGAGGAGACCCGUGGUGUCCUCAAGACCUUCCUCGAGGGUGUCAUCCGUGACGCUGUUACCUACACUGAGCACGCCAAGCGCAAGACUGUCACUUCUCUUGACGUUGUCUACGCUCUCAAGCGCCAGGGCCGUACCCUCUACGGUUUCGGUGGCUAAAUUAUUUGUGCUUUUCUUUUCCGGGCUGGUUCACGGUACGAUGGGACGUUGGGGUGUUCUCUGAUUUAUUUUACUACAAUCAUCAUGGGUCUCUGGGUUU